CCCGUGUUACCGGCACCGGCACCGGCAGGAUGGCAGGGCUGCAUCGACUCUGGGGGUUUCACACCAGCAAGUCCUUGCGAAAUGGGUGAGCUUAAGAGAAGGAACAGAAAGUCUAUGGCCUGCCAUAUAUGUCAAGGCAGAAAAACAAGUAACAAGCAUGCGUCAUCCUGAGGGGACAGACUGCAUUCCUGCGACAGAACUCGUUUCGAGCUGCACCACGCUGACAUCGGGUCUUCCGGGCGCGUCUUGGAGGACAUGGGGCUGCCCGCGCUCGAGUUCAGCGACUCGCUCCUGGACAACCCGGCUUUCCGGGAGCGGCUCAGAUGUCACGAAACGGAGCUGAAGCGAACGAACAAGUUCAUAAAGGAACUCAUCAAGGACGGGAACAUGCUAAUAAACGCGCUGAAACAUCUCUCCGUCGCCGUACAGAAGUUCUCCAAAUCGCUGCAGGAGUUCCAAUUUGAGUGCAUCGGUGACACGGAGACGGACGACGAGGUUAACGUGGCCCAGUCCUUCAAAGAAUUCUCCCAGCUGUUAGACACCUUAGAAGAGGAGAGAAGACGGCUGAUACAGAAUGCCGGUGACGUUUUGAUCACACCCCUGGAGAAGUUCCGUAAAGAGCAGAUUGAUGCUGCCAAGGAAGGAAAGAAGAAGUUUGACCGGGAGACUGAGAAAUACUACUGUGCAUUAGACAAGCACCUCAAUUUGUCGAUAAAAAAGAAAGAUACAUUUUUAGAGGAGGCAGACGUACAGAUUGAUAAGGAGAGACAGGCAUUUUAUGAUGCAUCUCUCGAAUACAUCUUCAAAAUCCAAGAAGUUCAGGAGAAAAAGAAAUUUGAGUUUGUGGAGCCGUUACUGGCCUUCCACCAGGGUCUCUUUAACUUCUACCAUGAAGGCUAUGAGCUGAUGCACGAGUUUGAGCCCUACAAGCAACAGCUGCUGUUUAACUUACAGAACACGAGGAAUAACUUUGAGACCACGAAAGAGGAGAUGGAGAAGCUGAUGAGGAGGAUGAGGAGCGUCGACCAUGAAUACAAACCUCCGGGGCAGUACAGCAUGGAGGGCUUCCUGUACUUGCAGGAAAAACGUCCCUGGGGAUGCACCUGGAGCCGGUACUAUUGCACCUACGAGAAGGAGAGCAAGACAUUCACCGUGGCCAGAGAGCAGAGAGCCUCAGAGAGCAGGUCCCCCGUUUGGCAGAAUUUCCCAACCACAGCUACACCUGAGAUAUUCAAGCUGAAGUCUUGCAUCCGGCGGAGAGCAGAUUCCAUCGACAAGCGCUUCUGCUUCGACAUCGAGGUGGUAGAGAGGCACUCAUCCAUCACCCUUCAGGCCCUGUCAGAGUCAAACAGAAGGCUGUGGAUGGAGGCCAUGGAUGGCAAGGAGCCAGUAAGGACGAUAUACACCCUUCCAGCCCUGCUCAGUAAUAACGAGGAAACGCUGUUAAACGAGACCGGCUUUAACUUUGUAAAAAAGAGCAUCGCUUUGGUCGAGGAGAGGGGCCUUAACGCGGUGGGGCUCUAUAGAACCGAAGGCGUCAGCUCCAGAGUCCAGCGGCUGAUGUCGACAGUGUUUGCUCCUAAAGCUUCCCCAGACUUGGAUUUGGAUCCAUGUGUUUGGGACAACAAGACCAUCUCUAGUGGUCUGAAGCGCUACCUCAGAUGUCUCAGUGAGCCCCUCAUGACUUACAAGCUACACAAGGAUUUCAUCUUGGCUGUCAAGUCAGACGAGUUGGACUACAGGGUCACCACAGUGCAAGCCCUGGUUCAAAAGCUGCCAGAGAAAAACUUGGAGAUGCUGGGUCUUCUGAUUGGACACCUGGUCAGGGUCUCUGCUCAGAGCCGGGUGAACCUGAUGACCGUACCCAACCUGGGUGUGGUCUUUGGGCCAACGCUACUGCGUUCACAUGAGGAGACGGUGGCGGCCACAAUGAACAUCAAGUUCCAGAACCUUGUGGUGGAAAUUCUGAUUGAAAACUAUGAGAAGAUUUUCCUAAAGGCUCAAGACCAGGAAGAGGCCAGUGUCCUGCUCCAGCCUCGGCCCAGUUUACUGCGGAGUCGGGGCAUUCGGCUCUCUACAGGCACCAAGAGACACAGGAGUAGCAGCCUGGCGUCGUGGCAGGCCAGUACCGAGAGUGAUUCCAGUGGCAGCCCUCUGAACUGCACGCGCAGACUCUCCACGUAUCCUCUGGAGCAUUGCUAUCCAUCCUUUCGACACUCCACUGCUGAGAUGUUCCACCAGAACAGCCACAAGGAUCCUAAGAGCUGUGGCCAAAACUGUGAUCUCGGCAGCUCAGCGGAUGCACUAGGGUUUGAAAAUUUGUCCCCAAAACCCCAACCCAUAAUAAUGUCGCAAAGUCUGGAGGAACUCGAAUACGUGGGUCUAGGCGACCUGCUCUUCCUGGACCAGAAACCAGGGCCUGAUGCCAAAGGACAUGAGAUAUCCAGCUUUACCCAGUGGGACAGCACAGAGAUGCAAGCCCACCAAGAUCUUCAUCCCAAACGGACAUCCCACGGGCAGCUGGACUCUGUGGAAGAUGGCCCCCAGCUUUUGGACCCAUAGUAGGGAACACGGUGUGCAUCAUCCCCCCGCCUCACCCUCUGUGUUCCGGCUGGCCGUACGAAGGUCCGAAAUUAACGGUGUGAGACACCAGAACCAGGACUCUGAUAGCAGUUAGCAUUAGCAUUCAUACCCGGCAUCCAAUGUUGUUAUUUUCACAUCAGAAAAAGGACGCAGCUCCUGCCAUAACUGCUCCUCCUUGGCGGGGGGAUGCUUUGGGGGUACGUCUGUGGCCCUCGCGAUCCAUGGGACAGCUGUUAGCGAUCACAGACUGUCCCGAUUUAAAGCCGCUCCCAAAGUGCACUUCUGAUUUACUGUGUCUCCGUCAGGCGCAGUUAGUCAGUAACGGCGACGGGGUUGAUGUGACCCAGGAGGCGUGGCUUAUGCAGCAGAUAACAUUUCCCUUAUGGUCCUCCCACCCCCCCGGCACAGUAAAGCUCUGUUUUCUAUUUAACUUUUUAUAUUUGACACAGACAUCCCAAGUAACUUGUUUUAUUUGUUCACCUGACUCACAAGGAAUAAUUUUACCCCUGAGCAGAGCUGUGUGCUGGCCCAAAUCUCCCCUGUCACGGGCGUGACACCGAACUCCUGCAUCUGCAUAAACCCACAAACUUUUGUUGGCCCCUGUGAUACCUGUCGCCGGAAAGCUGAACGGUUUCCUUGGCUACCUCAGUGAAGGAAAUAGCUGGAUGUUGGUUUUAGCAGAAGGAUCGGGAUUUGUGCCUCAUCCCGUGUGCCAGAAUCAAAAAGCCCACAUUUUACGACGGAGACGGGUCUGGCGUCUGUGAAAUAUUUACCCCCGAUCUGGGGAAAGGCAGCUCCUUCGCCUUACGGCCGACGCGACGGACAAAGGGUCGCUUUAUUUGCUGAUUUUUAUUCGAAGGCACCCUUGUUAGUGCAAAUUUUCCCUGAACUGUACACCUCUGAACUGUUCUUACUUUCUGAAGGCCAUUUCAGGAAAGUCGUGCCCCCAAAGCACGCUGGCCCUGAAUCACUGUGCUUUCUCCCCUGGUCAGCAGGGGGCAUCAUUUUGUGACAUUGUAUAAUUCCCUUUUUUGACUGAUCAGUCCCCAUUAAAAGCUAAUUCGUUGUUCUUCAAUCA